UUUAUUUUAUAGCUAAGUACUUUAAAGGAGUUAUUUUUAGAUUGGAAAGUAGAAAACUAGAGAGAAUUGGAGCGCCACCCAUUCCACAUACAUUGAUGCUAUUAGAUAUGCAAAAAACUGAUUUAGAGACAAAACUUGAACCUGUUACUCCAGGGCCACAUAUGAUACAACACGUGUUGGCUCUGAGUUUCAGUACAAUGGUAGAAGAAGACGUUGUUAAGAAUAGUGUUGCUGGUUUUGUCUGUAUAACAAAUGUUGAAACUUCACCACAAAUGUUAACUCUACUGUCACCUCAAUCAAAACCUCUGACUGAAACAAUUUACCUCAUGUCAGAUGUACAGUUCAUGGACAACAAUGCUUGAAGCUAUGUUUUUAAAAAAAGCCAGAAAAAAUAUUUUGUGUUAAAUAUAGAUACAGUUAAUGAUUAUUUUUUUAGUACAUAACAUAUUUUUCUUUGACUUAAAGAGUAAUAAAUCUCAGUGUGAGGUAACAAUGUAAUGUACAUAUUAAUAUCAGAUGUAAAUAUGUAAUUCAUGUGAUGACAUUUUAUAUUUCAUUAGUAUUAAAAUGACUUAUAAUUAAUAUUACGAAUAACUGCACUAGUCAUUAGUGUCAUUACAUAUUUAUUUGAUAUAAAGUUCAAUAACAUACAAAUGCUUAUGUUUAAAAUUACUACUUUUAAUUAUUGCAAGUAAUAUAAUAUUAUUGUUGUAAUUAAAAAAUGUAAAUCCAUUAAAUAAUUGUCUACACAUUUUUCCAACUAUUUUUAUUCAACUGUUAAGUGUGCGUUGAAAUCGUUUAUGGAUUUAAGUAAACUGUAAUAUUUAAUUAUAAUUGUAAUUCAUGUCGAAAUUCUGUCCCUUAAAAAUUAAUUGACAA